AAGGGGACUGGGCUCAGACGGUCGAGAUCGAGUGGCUGUGGCGCGCUGGAUCGGGGUAAGUCGGGAUCGGACGGUCCAGAUUACCUACAGAAACAGAAACAGAGCCCAACCCUCGUUCCCAGCCCCACUUCUCUCCGGCGGCGCCGCCGGCGGCACGAAAGGAUGCAAGCGGGGGCACGGAGGGGCGUGGCUUCUGCUGCUGCGGCGGUGGCGGCCUUCCACUCCUCCGCCGCAGCGCUCUCCAAAUCCACGCCCCAUAUCCGGUUCAACGUCCGCGAGAAGCGCUCUGAUGCGAAGAGUGCUCUUAAGAAGAUCCUGCUCAACGGCGGCCCCUGUCAGGAAAGAAGUAAUAAACAAACGAGGCAGCAGAAAGGUGGUAGCAAGUCAAAGGUCCACUCUGGUUCUGGAAAUAAUCCACAUAGCAAAAGCAACUGCUGGCAAGACUGGAGAAACUUUGAUGAAGAUGACUGCAGUGAUACCCCUUCUGGGAGCUAUGGCGGUAAGACAUCUUUUACCUGGUACUGGCCUGGGGAGAAUGACGAUGACCUUGGCAAUUCUAGUGGAUUUCAAUGGAGGGAGGAGCCUCGGUCGACCAAAUCAAGGGAACGGGUUUGGAAUGAAAGUGAUGUGGAUGAGGAAGACGAAUCUUGUCGUGAUGAUCUGAAAAGCUAUAGAAUCGCUCUUGGUUUGCCAGCUUUGGGUCCCUUAAAACUUGAUCAUAUUAAGUCAGCUUUUCGCACAUCGGCUCUCAAGUGGCACCCGGACAAGCACCAAGGAUCUACACAGCCUCAAGCAGAGGAGAAAUUCAGACGCUGUGUAGAAGCAUACAAUGCGUUGGCUGGUGCUUUCAAACCGAGUAGCUGACUGACGAACCACCAGUUUGGUUCAUGAGAAGCAGGGGACGUUUCUUUUCAUGUGAUUGUGGUGCGAAUGAAACAGGGGUUUCAACACCAAAGAAACAAGUAUUUGUUGUUGAAGAAAGUGUAGUAGUUCAUAUUUAUAAAAGAAACUGAAGAUGAGUCCCCUAUCAGAACAGAAAACGGAUAAAUCUAUACAUAUCUUGCAAAUCUACAGUA